AUGUUUUCAGCUUUAAAGACGACACGCGAUCUGAAGACGGUUGCCACCUCGUUGGUGCAGUAUUCGAUAAUCCUCGCUGUAUGUGUUGCGCUGGCAGUGGCACAUCCACAAGGUUACGGAGGUGGUCAAGGCCGUGGCGGACAGCACGGAGGGUUUGGUGGUAGCCAAGGUGUGGGCUACGGAGGCCAACAAGGAGGAUUCGGUGGCAGUCAAGGUGGUGGCCAUGGCGGACAGCAAGGAGGAUUCGGUGGCAGUCAAGGUGGUGGCCAUGGCGGACAACAAGGAGGAUUCGGUGGCAGUCAAGGUGGCGGCUACGGUGGCCAACAAGGAGGAUACGGUGGCAGCCAAGGUGGUCGCGGCGGUGGACACUAUUGA